AAGGAAUUAAAUGGAGUAACGCCAGAUAACAUUUACAAUAUGGAUGAAACAGGGUUUCAUGAUGACCCUGGAAAAAAAAAACUUAUUUUUCAUCGAUCCUCUCGCCAUCCAGAACUUAUAAGAAACACAACAAAAACUUGUUACACUGUUGUUUUUUGUGGAAAUGCCUCAGGAAAACUAAUUCCACCAUUCUUCAUUCUUAAAGGAAAACACAGUUGGUCUGACUGGCUUUUCAAUGCACCAGAAGGAUCAAGAAUGGCAACUUCUUGCAGUGGCUGGAUGGAAAUUCAAAUAUUUGAAGAGCGGCUGUUAAAUCACUUUGUUCCAAAUAUUAUAAAUAAGGAAGAUGUUGGAUAUUUCUCGAGUUUAAAAGCUAAUUGGAGGUCAGUUCUUAAUCAAUGGCGUAAAACAUCCAGAGGAAAAAAGGUUAAUAACCUGCCAAAAAAUUUGUUUACGCAGCUCAUUAAAUCUACUCUUAAUGUUGGUAAAGAAAAUCUAGAACAUAAUCUCCAAGCAGGAUUUAAGGCUACUGGCAUAUAUCCAUUUCUACCAGAACAUGUUCUCUCCAAAUUACCCAGUUUUACAAAUAUAGAUAUUCAACUCAAUAUUGGAGAAUCGUUUAGGAAUUAUGUUGAUGAUAUUCAUCUUAAUUAUGAAGUAAGCAAAAAAUUUAAGUUACCAAUAACAGCAGGGAAAAGUGUAUCAGCCACUGAGGUAGAAGCAUACUAUAAGGAAAGAGACAAUAAAAAAAAAAGUCAAGAUAAUAUUCGAGCAAAGAAAAGAGGAAGACCACUUGGAUCAAAUAUUAUGGUUAUGAAAAUAAACAAAAAACUUAAUAUUUUACAAAUUUCAAGCAUCGUAAAUGUUAAUCAAGUUAUUGAAGACAAUGAACAAGUUUUACCUGUAUCUCAAAAUGAUGCAGUUUUUUCAUUGGAGCAAAUAAACAAUCACUAUGUACAUGUUUUCCUUGAUCAUGAUUAUUUUGUAAAAGAGUUAGUUGUAACUCAAGACUAA